AUGUCAAAUUCAAGUUUAAAACGUAAAUUAGAUUCAUCGAAUGAAGUAAAUACAGUUUCGAAUCGUUCACAAGUAUUAAAUGAUAAAUUAUCACGUCGUCCUGAUCGUCAUCAGUUAGUUGAACAAGGCAUUUUACAUGAUUCGCAUUGUGCACCAAGUCUUCAACAUGCUGAACAAGCUCUCAAACGUGCACGGCUUGCCGACGAGCUGAACAAUCGUCUUUUGAACCGUCCUGGUCCCUUAGACUUAAUUAAACAUAAUAUUCUACAUAUUAACACACCAGAAAGUCAGAAUUUAGAACAAGCGAUUCAAGGAGGACAGAUUCCAUUUAAAAAGACUCCCUAUCGUCGAUCAUUGGUAUUUCAUGAAUAUACAGGCUCGCCAUCGUCUUGCAAACCAAAAGUGACUAAAGUCGAUUCGCUGACAUCAUUGUCAAAUGCUCAUCAAAUUCGAUUAGCACAACAGCAACUCCUUCUCGAAUUAACAGCUGAUAAUAAUGAUGUACAACCAACGGUUUUACCACAGAAGCCCUUGGAACAAAUGACAUUGGCCGAACUUCGAGAAUUGUGCAAACAAUACCAAAUUCCAUCAUCACAUACGAAUAAAACCAAACUAAUCGAACGGAUCAAACAAACACAAGAUAAAAUGCAUAAUAAAAAUGUCUCAACAUCAGACACAAACGCAGUUGAAUUAUCCAAUGCUGAUAUAAUUGCAUCAUUGAAGAUCUCUGAUUUAAAUGAUGAAGACGUCCAAGCAACAUUAUCAAGUUCAGAAUUGGAUGAAAUUCUCCAGUCAAUUCCUUUUAAUCAGACAACAAACUUUGACAUACAAAAUCUUUUAAUCGAUCCGCAAAUAAUCACUAAUGAUGAUCUUUUCGUUGAAAUGUUAUUAAAUAAUGAUUAUUCAUCAACAUCAACAAAUGAGACUGAUUUUCUUUCAGUACCAUCACCUAAUUUACCACGUAUCACAAGUGUUGAUGAAUUCGAUGCCUUCCUACGUGACUUUACUUGUUCUAUUUCGCCACAUCAACAAGAAGUUCUAACCUCGAUCAGUUAA